AUGGACCACGCCGCGGGGACCUCCCCUCGCCCCGGAAGGCUGGCAACCCCUUGUGUCUCAUCCAGGCAUGCUAGCUCUCAGUCUCCAAGUCAGGACGACUUUACUCCUCUCCCUUCAAUCAAUGAGCGUUUGGCCUUUCUCUGCCCCUCCCGGGAGCUGCUGGAAUACUACCGCAAGACGAUCGCUGACUUCGAUAGGGAGCAUGAGGAUUUGGUUAAAAGGCUGGAGAGAUACAAAGAAACGUAUGAUGAGCAGCACAAAUUGCAAUGGGAGGUACGUCAGCGAGAAGAGGAGAUUGCAGAGUUGCAAAAGGCUUUGAGUGAUAUGCAAGUCUACCUCUUCCAGGAAAGGGAACACGUCCUUCGGCUUUACUCGGAGAAUGACCGGCUGAAAAUCAGGGAACUGGAGGAUAGAAAAAAAAUUCAAUAUCUCCUGGCUUUAAUGGGAACAGACAAAGGAGAAGUGACAUAUUUUCACAAAGAGCCUCCACAUAAGGUUACUGUUCUGCAAAGGCCAGCUAAAUCCAGAGUGUCACAUGAACAAGAUGACACUUCUAGAACAGGCACCAAGAGGAGCACUUCAAUACCAGCAGCAAAAAGAGAGAAACCAGAAAGUCCUGAGAGGUAUCAGAGAGAUAAUCAAACACUUCUACUUCAGGUGGAGGCCCUGCAGGCUCAGAUAGAAGAACAGACACGAUUAUCCAAGGAACAGGUUGAGGCACUGUUAGAGGACAGGCGGAUUCACAUGGAGGAAGCCCAGGUCCAGCAUCAGAGGGACCAGGACAAGAUCAAAACAAUAACAGAUAAACUCCGUAAGACUCAAAAUCUCUUAUAUGAGAGUACUCGUGACUUUCUCCAGCUCAAGUUUGAUGCCCGAGCCAAUGAGAAAGCAUGGAUGGCAGAGAAGGACAAUCUGUUGAGGAAACUUGACAAAAAUCUGGAUAUCAGAAAGGAGCCAGGAAGAGAGAAGCAGAAAGAUACCAAGAAGACACUUCAAGCAGAUGAUGGAGCUUUGAAACUCCACAGCCGAGAACUAAAAUCACUGCAAGAACAGCUAAUGGAGGAGCAGCGCCUAUCAAACAUGUAUAGAGAGCAGUGCAUCACCCUGGAAGAUGAGCUAGCUAGGAUUCGUGAGGAGGGAGAUGUCGGCAGAGAACUCUUUAAGGAACGCUCAGAAAAGAUGGUUAAGCGCCUGAAGCUGAUGACUCAGCGAUAUGAGGCCUUGGAAAAACGUCGUAAUAUGGAAGCAGAAGGCUUCAUGAAUGACAUUAAACAGCUUCGGCAGAAGCUGAAAGAUGUAGAGAAGCAGCUUUUCAAGGUGACUCUGAAUAUGGGACCAGACCAGGAUCUUGCAAUUCUACAUGAGGUCCGCCGAGGAAACAGACGAACUCAUAAAAUUCAAGGAGAACUAAAAAACUUAAAAGCAAAAAUCUUUAUCUUGGAGAAUGAAUUACGGGUCUGCUGA